UGCUCUGAUAAAUGCUGCCAACAUAAUCUUCAAAUGAACAAAAUACCUGGUGAACUACAACCUCCCUGGCAAAGAAGCAAAUAGUUUACCUUAACUUCAGCAUCAAGGAAGGCCCUCAAUAGUGUCUGGACUUUCAAGUAAAUUUAUAGCAUAUUUUAUGAGAGUCAGUACAUACCCAAGUAAAACCUCACUGUGGCUGUCUUGACUUUUCUUGUGUGAUCAUCUUGUGUCAUUUUAUUGGAAGUAUAUAAGGUAUUCAGAGUUACUUGGUUUGCUGACUCAGACACCAAACAAAACUUUGCUGAAGAUUGUCCAUGUUACUGCAGAACAACUGAAAUCCCUGCAAAUCCACUAGCCUCUUGGUGCCUAAGGAAUGGAAGCCCUUAAAGUGAAAAGUGUUGAUCUAAACUGCCUUCAGAACUGCAGCAACCAUCACACGCAGUAUUUUGGUGCUCAAAAGCUCAUUGUGAGAAGAGGCCAGGCCUUUGGUUUGUAUUUGCAUUUCCAAAACCGGGACUGGGAUGAUGACAAGGACAAGAUCACCUUUACAGUGGAGACAGGCAUCAAACCCUGUGAGUCUCUUGGGACAAAGAGCACCUUUCCUUUAGGUGGAAGUACAGAUCAAAACCUCUGGAGUGCAUGCUACAAACAACAUAAUGAAAAAUGCCUCAGUGUCAAUCUGCUCUCUCCGGUGAAUGCCUGUGUUGGCUGCUACCUCCUGAACAUGUGCCUGAUAUCAUGUGAUGACACACAUUCUCAUAAUCUUGGAGAAUUUUAUGUCCUUUUCAACCCUUGGUGCUCUGAAGACCCUGUGUACCUGGAGGAACAAGCCCACAGGGAAGAGUAUAUACUAAAUGAACAUGGGAUUGUAUUCCAAGGACUUCCCAAACACAUAACAUCUCAUGCUUGGCAUUUUGGACAGUUCCAGGAUGACAUUCUGGAGAUCUGCCUGAAAAUCCUGGACUCAAGUACAAACUUCCUGCGUGAUCCUGGCAUGGAUUGUUCCUGUCGUAAUGACGCUGCAUACAUCUGCAGAGUACUAAACAACAUGAUCUGUUGUCAUAAAAAGAAAAGCAUAUUGAAACUUCCACCCAACAAUAAUUACCUUCAGGGAGUCAAUCCUUCAAUGUGGAAUGGAAGUAUCCCUAUCCUUCGGCAGUGGUAUCACAACAAAUGCAAACCUGUCAAGCAUGGGCACUGUGGGAUUCUUGCUGCUGUAAUGUGUACAGUUAUGCGUUGUUUGGGGAUCCCAAGUCGGGUUGUUACAGGCUUCUAUUGUCCUUUGAAUGCUGUUGACCCACUCAUCAUCCAAGAAGUUUUUGACUUUACAGGAAAAACCUUAAAUGCCAAAGAACAUAUCUGGAGAUACCAUUGCUGGAAUGAAUCUUGGAUGGCCCGGAAAGACAUAAGUCAGUCUAGGGGUGACUGGCAAUACCUGGAUCCAACACCUAUAGAGACUAAUAAAGGAUCAAUGUGCAGUGGUCCAAUUUGGGUCAAAAGCAUUAGAGAUGGUGAUGUGGAUAUUGACUCUGAUGGUCCUCAUGUGUUUGGACUUCUAAAUGCAAGGUAUACUGCCUGGGUUUCUCAAGGCAAAGGUAAGAAGAUAAAACUUCACUGUGAAACCCGACCUUGUGGACAAUGUAUCAGCACCAAGAGUGUUGGAAGUGAUCUACGUGAGGACAUCACUGAUGCUUACAAGUAUGAAUUAGGCUCUGUGCAAGAAAAAAAAGCCCUUUAUAAAGCCUGUCGAAAAAUUAAUUCUCGAUAUCUAAAUGCUCCCAAUUCUGAGAUAGACAAAGAUUUAGCAUCUCAAAGAAACAAAAGUCUGAAAGACAUUGGGAUUACAAUGAAGUUUAAGAUGGCCAAUUGUCCCUUGUAUGGUCAAGAUAUUCAAAUGCACUGGGUGCUUAAAAACUUGUGUAAUGAAGCCAAAGACAAGAAGUUUAACCUUUGUGCUCAGGCAACAAUGUACAAUGGAUGUUCACUGAACCAGGUCUGGAAAGACAAUAUUCAUGUCACACUUGGCCCAAAGGAAGUAAAGUCAAUCCUGAUAACAAUACCAUAUGAAGACUAUGGAUCUCACCUUUGUGACAAUAAUAUUAUGCGGGUGAUAGCUGUCUCAAUGCCAGAGCGUAAAGGAGAAGUCAUGAUGGUGGAGAGGGAUGUUUUAGUUGACAGCCUACCUGUUAAGAUAAAGAUUUUAGACCAUCCCCGGAUGAAUAUGGCAUGCUCUGCAGAAGUCAUUUUCUCUAAUCCACUCAAAGAGGACCUGAAGAACUGUAAGCUGUAUCUGGAAGGCUAUGGGCUAAUUGGUGAACCAACAGCUACUGAAUUGGGGACAUUGUCUGCUAAUCAUAUGGCACAAACCUGUGUGGAGUUUACUCCCUACAAGUAUGGCAGACAUCAGUUUAUGGCCAGUAUCAGCUGUGACAAGUUUUGUAACUGCAAAGGAUAUGCCAGCAUAGACAUGGGCAGUCCACCAACAACCUCUGGGGAAGGAGGUGCAUAGGCAAUGUAAACAAAAUACAUUCCAGGAAAGAGAUUUUACUUGGCAUUGUGUUUACACAACAGACAAGUUUGUUCAAAUAUAGAUUCUUGAAGAACUUUCAUUGGUGAACUCUUCACGUUCAAUGAAACAACCCAUUGAUUUGCUUACUUUAUGCCAUCCACUGGUUCGUUAGGGGAACUAGCUAAGAGUUUAAAAAACAGCAAUUGAAGAUGACUAUCCUAGAUUGUGGUUCCAGAAUACUGAACAAAAACACUGAGAGUAGUAUUAAUAUAAAUUUCUGCCAGAAGUUUCUCCAAGA